CUCGCCGUUGCGGUGUUGCUGCUGAAUUGUCCGGGUUCCCCGCAUACCGGGAGCUCUGGACAUACAUACAGGUACGCAACCAGUGGCAACUCCAAGGGGUUGAGGUCCCGAAAGAUGGGUUAGGGUUAUGCAACUGCUCUUAUCGUUUUUUCUUAUCCAACUUUCCGUCCUCUAAACUGUUCAACAACCCGCAAACCACCACCACUAGCUCUCAGGAACACAAUGGCGACCGCCCGAGUACCGGUGCUACGGCACCUCCUCAGCUGCCAAACACGGACCCUGCGCGCCUCGAACCAGCGGCGCUGGGCCCAAGUCCACGACGUGCGCUUCCUCACAACGACUCAACAGCCGCGCAACAUCCUCGAAAAGUACCGCGACAAGCUCGACCGCAAGGCCCGCGAGGAGGGCCAUACCGACAUUGACUCCCUCAAGGCCGCCUACGCCGACAAGAUCCACACCCUGCGCAAGGAAUCCGACACCAUCCUCACCGCAACCCCCGAACAACCACCACCACCACCCCCAUCCAGCCCAACAGGCCCAACCCCAAACCCUACCCCGCGCCCCCCAACCGGCAGCACCGGCAUCAAACCCCUCUCCGCCAUCCUCGACCUCCCCAAAGCCUCCGCCCUCCCCACCGCCGAACUAACCGCCAUCUGGCGCCUCCGGCACGCCGCCCAGCCCAACUCCCUCUGCGCCACCAUCCCGACCCCCACAUUCAGCACCAUGGACUCGCUCGCGCGCACGAACCCACAGUUCGUGCUCCCCGUGCCCCACCCCUCGCAGGGCGCGGAACUGCAUUUCCUGCAAUGGACGUGGGAUGCCGCGACGCGCAGUGCGACGGUGCUGUUUACCCAGCUGGCGGAGUAUAAGGCGAGGGGGGAGUUUGCGGCGCCGCAUACGACGGUGACGCAUUAUUUGGAUUUAAUGGGGCGUGGUGGUGGUGGUGAUGGUGGUGGUGGGGAGGGGGGGUUGGAGGGGGUGGUGCUGAUGCAGGGGACGGUGAUGGAGGAUCGCGGGGUGAAGGUGGAUGAUGCGAGGUGGUUGGUUAUGUGCUUGCAAAGGUUUUAUGGGGGGUGGGAUGGGGUUGGCGGGGAGGCGGGGAAGGUAAGGGCGGAGGAGAGGAGGCGGUUGUUGGAGUGGUUUGGGAGGGGGGAUGGGAGGUUUAGUGUGGAGCGGUUGUUGGAGGAGGCGGAGAGGAUGGGUUGA